CCUUGUCUUUUCUGGUUCACAUUAAUUCAACAUGGACAAUACCAAAUCUGAUCAAGAACAACCAGUGGAAGCUGCUGAAAUCGACCAUGAGGCUAAAGCUUGGAUUACUGAACAAGUGGAAAAAGAAGUGAAACGUAUCCGUGACGUUGGAUCAAGUGUUUUACCCAUGAAGAUCUUGAAUUGUGGUGUAUUACCGAACUUUGAACAAAAGAAGGCCAGAGCUAUCAAUCGUAUUGAAUUGGACUCCAAUAAUGAUGUUUCUAAUAUUGAACAAGUCAUGGUCUCUCCUGCUAUACCCUAUCCUCAUAAAGAUAACUUUUAUUAUGUCAAUCUCAUACUUGUCACUGGUAAACCUAUUCCAUUUAUUGUUCCAUAUCUUUAUCAACAUAAUAUCAAGGUCACUCAACCUGAAAAGGAAAUGGAAGGACGUAAAAUACCAAGCAAGCAAGUGAUACUGAAGAAUGAAUUGAAGGAAUUCUUGUUCAUUAACAAAGUUGGAAUUCGUGGUCGUUUCUCAAUUCAUGAAUAUCAUGAUAUUGUACUUCAAGAUCAAUAUGAGGCCUCUCCAUUCCAUAAAAACAAAAAGGAAACUCUAAAGCCAACCAGACUAGACAUCUUUGAUUUUGACUCUACCUUAUUCUUAUCACCAUCACUCAGUCCUACGAUUUGGCAUCCUACAUUGAUCAAAGAACUUGUUGGAGAAGAUGUAUUUGGUCCAGGUUGGUGGAAGGAUUACCGUUCGUUGGAUUUGGGACCUAUCGACAUACUGGAAGCAACACAUUGGGCAGACUAUUGGAACGAAGAUAUUGUAGAAGAGGCAAGGAAAUCUUUGGAAGAUCCUACCAUCAUGACAGUACUUUUGACUGGACGACGCCAUGUACCAUUUUAUCCUUUGAUAUCACGGAUGCUUGCUUCUAAAGGAUUGGCAUUUGAUCUUCUAGGUUUACGACCAGAUCCAACUCAAGAAACCCAUGAUGCUCAUGUUAACAACGAACAACAACACAAUGUAUUGGCUUACGGUGCAAGUUCAGUGUUUGCCAAUACUCUUCACUUCAAGACGAGUUUCAUACUUAAUCUUUUACAUAACGUACCAAGUUUGGAUUCAAUCAAAAUGUGGGACGACAGACUUCCUCAUGUCAAACGAUUUCAAGGAUUUCUGAAUACUCUUAUAUCCAAAAGAACCAUCACGACAGGAUCAGCAAUACAUGUACCAGCCAUUCGACCUCGCUAUCGACCAAAAUGGGAACGCAGGAUCGUCAAUCACGUUUUAGCAACUCAUAGUGCCAAUGAACUUUUAUACCUGGAGCAACAACGAUGGAAUCGAAAAAUCAACACUAUUUCUUGGGAUGAUAGGUUAUUUUCUGAUGAUGAUGAUGAUGAGGAUGGUGAUGGACAAUAUCAACUGGAUCUUCAUAUCGAUAAGGGCUGUCUAACCAAAGUAGCGAAACAUUUAUCACUUACAUUAUUACCAUCAUCCACCAUCGUACGCCUGGAUGAUGAUUUUGUACAACGAUUACAAACUAUCUGUGUACCUUUUUAUAACGAGUAUUUGAAAAAGCACCAUAAAACAAUGACUGGAUGGCAGGCCAAUGCAGAACGACCUUUAUGGUUUGGACAACAAAUCGUACUCUCACCAAAAGUGCUCUCAGCUAGGGAAAUACAACAACAUUAUGGCGGUGGAUUAGGGAUGCAAGUCAAAUGUGUGAUGCGUAGUGUAUCCAUACCUGAUCCGGUGUUUGGUAUGAUGGCUCUGGUCGACAUUUAUCCAUCAUCGACAACGAACGGGAAAUGGGAAACAGCAAGUCCAAAAAAGUACCUUUUAGCUCUCUUGUAUAAACCUUCGGAUGCAACUUUUAUUCUUCGAAAGAAAUUCAAUUGGAUACCUGGUCCUUUUACAGAAAAAAUAGAAGGUAAUGGUCAAGUAGCUCUCUCUUAUUUGCUUGGAUUGGAUGGUACUGUGAAAAACAACGAAGAACAUCAAUUGGUUUGCCUGGAUGCGGAAACCAAGGCACUUGUCUUGGGAAAACGUGCAUCAACGGAUGACUUGAACAAAGCAAAACAGACAAAGAAACAACAUCGUCAAAGUUAAAUAGAAACGGAAACCUUACGAUGUGUAACACUAUCUUUUUAUUAUUCAUUAUUUACUAUUAGUAUUUUAGAUUAGUUAGUCUAGCACUCUCCUCCAUACCUUUUCUUCAUUCUAAUUCACCUUAAAAAAAAA